AUGGUGUUUAGGACCACGUCUCAAUUACUCCAACCUUUGCCGCGUGAUCUUCCUGAUGAUGUGCCAAUUUUCGAGUUCUUGUUGAACGAGCGCUACGGGCGACAUCCUCUUGCUGAUUCCCGACCUGCGUAUACCUGCGGUAUAACAGGCUUAUCAUACUCGGCUCACGAUAUUUCAGAGCGCAUUGAAUAUGUGGCUAGGUCGCUGGCGCAAAUCAUGGGAUGGGAGCCCAACAGUGGUAGUGAGUGUGACAAGGUUGUUGGCAUCUUUUCCCAGAAUGCGGUGGAUGCCAUUCCGUCAAUGUGGGCAACCCAUCGGCUCUCCGGCAUUGUCACGCCAAUCAAUGCUAGCUACGUAAAGGCCGAAGUCAUCCACCAAUUGUCGCAAGCCCAUGUCAAAGCUUUGUUCACCUGCAGAUCAUUGCUCCCCAUUGCCCUCGAAGCCGCGAGAGCAGUUGGCAUCGCCACGGACCAUAUUUUCCUGCUUGAUACUGGUGCCGACUUGUCUAGAGACCCGGGUCUCGUACCCUUCAAGUCUUUUGAUGAAUUGGUUCGCCUCGGAAAGGAGGCCCCCUCCCUAGAGCCACUGAAGUGGUCCAUAGGUCAGGGUGAAACCCAACCCGCUUUCAUUUGCUUCUCGAGCGGAACCUCUGGGUUGCCGAAGGGAGUGCUGAUAUCGCAUCGCAACGUGAUCGCCAACGUGCUGCAACUCGCCGGGCUGGAGAGAACUCAACGAGAACCUGGCAAAACAGAGACAGCUCUCGGACUUCUUCCACAGAGUCAUAUUUACGCACUGGUAGUGAUAUGUCACGGAUGUGUGUACCGCGGUGAUCAGGUUGUGAUUUUACCUAAGUACGAGCUGUCAACAAUGCUGCGUGCAGUGACCAAGUACGCUAUUGCAACCUUAUUCCUGCAUGCUGAAAAACUAGAAGAAUAUGACCUUGGACAUGUUCGAAAUCUGCUGACAGGGGCGGCGGCCUUCAGCCCCACGGCAUGGGCAACUCUGGAAAGGAUAUUUCCAAAUGGCGUAUUGAGACAAGGUUACGGUCUUACUGAGAGCUCAGCGUCCGUUAGUUCGUCGCCGAGAUCUGAUUGCAUGUAUGGGUCAUCUGGCGUCUUGCUCAGUGGUAUUGAGUGCAAGAUUGUGACUGAGAGUGGAGAAGAGCGAACGGGCUACGGUGAAGAAGGGGAACUAUGGAUAAGGUCUCCUAGCAUUGCCAUGGGCUACUUGAACAAUGACCGCGCGACCCGUGAGACAUUCGUCCGAGACGGGUGGCUGCGGACUGGCGAUAAAGCCUUGUUUCGCCGUGGGCCCAACGGCAGCGAUCAUCUAUUCAUUGUUGAUCGUAUUAAAGAAUUGAUCAAAGUAAAGGGUAUGCAGGUAGCCCCGGCGGAACUAGAGGCCUACAUUCUCGCCAACGAGGCGGUGGCUGAUGUAGCCGUCAUUGGCGUGCAGGAUGAACGGCAUGGCGAGGUCCCAAAGGCCUUUAUUGUCAAGAGGUUAGGGUCCAAUAUAACCGAUGAACAGCUGACGGAGGAAAUCCACCAGAGUUUCAAGAAGGACAAGGCGAGAUACAAGCAUCUGAGAGGCGGGAUUGAGAUUCAAGCUGCUAUCCCCAAGAGCCCUAGCGGAAAGAUUCUGCGACGGCAGUUGAAGGACCAGGAAAGCAAACUAUGGAUUGAGGCGGCCUAUAAGGUUAAGCUUUAG